UUUUCAUAUACUUUGCGAAAUCAUUUAUAUCAAAUAUUGUGUUUUUCCAUCAAAUGAUUAGAAAUUCACGUUCUGAAAGUCUUUUGACCCCGUUAUUUCAAGUUGAGCGCUUAGUCAGUCUUAUUUUUAAAACUUGCGCAUGCGUAUUAGCUGACGUGGCAAAAAGCCUAAAUCGAAAGCAGAAAAAAUGGCUCAGACGUUCCAGCAAGAAUACAUGCAAAUGCCCCCAAUUACGAGGGCAUAUACAACAGCCUGUGUACUUACGACAAUAGCAGUGCAAUUAGAUGUCAUCACCCCCUUCCAGUUAUACUUCAAUCCUGAGCUUGUCUUCAGACAUUAUCAACUAUGGCGAUUAGUCACAAACUUUUUAUUCUUUGGUGCUAUCGGGUUCAACUUCCUGUUCAACAUGAUCUUCACAUACAGAUACUGUCGGAUGUUAGAGGAGGGAUCGUUCAGAGGACGCACAGCUGAUAUGUUUUUUAUGUUUCUAUUUGGAGGCAUAUUAAUGACUAUCACUGCAUUAUUUGUAAACCUUGUAUUCCUUGGCCAGGCAUUCACUAUAAUGUUGGUCUAUGUUUGGAGUAGAAGAAAUCCUUAUGUAAGAAUGAAUUUCUUUGGACUAAUGAACUUUCAGGCGCCAUAUCUACCUUGGGUAUUAUUAGGCUUUUCAUUACUCUUAGGGAACUCAAUAGUUGUAGAUUUAAUGGGCAUCGCAAUAGGGCAUAUAUACUACUUUCUAGAGGAUGUUUUCCCAGAGCAACAGGGAGGAUUUAAAAUAUUAAGAACUCCUGGAUUUUUAAAAAUGAUAUUUGACCAUGGGGGUGAUGACCCUAAUUACAAUCCCCUCCCAGAGGAAGAAAGACCCGGAGGCUUCAACUGGGGGGAGGGACAGCAAGCAGGGGAGGCCCAGCAAGAAGGGGAUGUUGAUCCCCCAGCAGCUGAACAGCCACAAUAAUAAGCAACAAGCCACAGAAUUGCCAUAUCAUUAUGACAUCACAACAGUGGAUAGGGAUGUGAUGUCACACUUGGUUCUUUGAGCUGUCACUGUUAAUGUCAUACUCACAACACAGAUCAGGCUGUCACACUGACUACGUUGACAUUGUUGUGUCACACUGGCUACAUUGACAUAAUGGUGUCAUACUUUCUACAUUGGCAUUGUGUACACUGGCUCCAUUGAAAGUUUGAUGUACACUGGCUACAUUGACAUUGUUGUGUCACACUGGCUACAUUGACAUUGUUGUGUCACACUGGCUAUAUUGACAUUGUUGUGUCACACUGGCUACAUUGACAUAAUGGUGUCACACUUUCUACAUUGACA